UACGCAAGCGUCGUUUGUGAAUUGCAGCCCGUCGCGCUACUGCCUCGACGUGGGCUGUGGAUGUGGCAGCUGAGUGCGGGCAGCCUGAUUACGUGUCUUUGCUCUAGAAGUUCACUCAAGUGGAUUUGGGCUGGUUUUCUCACUCUCGAUCUUUGCCAGGUUUCGGUGCCAUGUUUGCCAGACUCCGCUUGUCCUCACACUUUCCACCCAGAAUUCGGCAAGUGAAAGUCACUAUCAGAACAUUUUCCCAAGCAAAAUUCUCACACCCACGCUCCCAUGGCAAGUCUUUUGCCCAUCGGAGUGAGUUGAAGCAAGCCAAACGCAUCGUGGUGAAAUUAGGGAGUGCUGUGGUGACACGGGGAGAUGAAUGCGGCCUGGCCCUGGGGCGACUGGCCUCCAUAGUUGAGCAGGUGGCCAUGCUGCAGAAUCAAGGCAGGGAGAUGAUGAUUGUCACCAGUGGUGCUGUGGCAUUUGGAAAGCAGAGAUUAAGACAUGAAAUCCUGCUCUCCCAAAGUGUCAGACAAGCUUUACAUUCUGGUCAGAACCAGCUGAAGGAAAUGGCAAUUCCAGUUUUGGAGGCAAGGGCUUGUGCAGCUGCUGGACAGAGUGGUCUGAUGGCGUUGUACGAAGCCAUGUUUACUCAGUAUAGCAUCUGCACUGCACAAAUUUUAGUCACAAACCUGGAUUUUCAUGACGAGCAGAAGCGACGCAACCUUAACAGCACCCUUCUUGAACUUCUCCGGAUGAACAUAGUUCCCAUCAUUAACACCAAUGAUGCUGUUGUGCCACCCCCUGUUCCCAACAGUGACCUGCAGGGGGUAAAUGUUAUAAGCAUCAAAGAUAAUGACAGUUUAGCUGCCCGUCUGGCUGUUGAAAUGAAAGUGGACCUCCUAAUUGCCCUGUCUGAUGUUCAAGGCCUAUAUGACAGUCCCCCAGGAACAGAUGAUGCCAAACUCAUUGAUAUCUUCUAUCCUGGAGACCAGCAGUCAAUCACUUAUGGAACAAAGUCCAGAGUUGGCAUUGGCGGCAUGGAAGCCAAGGUCAAAGCAGCCCUGUGGGCACUACAAGGUGGGUCAUCAGUGGUUAUUGCCAACGGCACGGAUCCCAAAGUCACAGGCCAUGUCAUCACAGACAUUGUGGAGGGGAAGAAAGUUGGCACGUUCUUCUCUGAAGUAAAACCAGCAGGUCCCACUGUGGAGCAGCAGACAGAGAUGGCCCGUCAUGCCGGAAGAACUCUGGCUUCUUUGCUUCCAGAGCAGAGAGGUGAAAUCAUCUGCAGUCUUGCUGAGUUGCUUACAGAGAAGAAGGAUGAGAUUCUGAGUGCUAACAAGAGAGACAUGGAGAUAGCAACAGCAUCAGGUCGUUUCUCCCAGGCUCUCAUCGACCGGUUGAGUCUGUCAACAGCUAAACUGAACAGCCUGGCCAUCGGCCUGCGUCAGCUGGCUGUGUCUUCCAGGGAUAGCGUGGGUCGGGUGCUGCGGAGGACCAGGAUUGCAAACAAUUUAGAGUUGGAGCAGAUCACUGUCCCCAUUGGUGUCCUGCUGGUUAUCUUUGAGUCACGUCCUGACUGCCUCCCACAGGUAUCUGCUUUGGCCAUUGCCAGUGGAAAUGCUUUGCUGCUGAAGGGUGGCAAGGAAGCUUCCAACACCAACAGAAUUCUGCAUCAACUCACCCAGGAAGCACUUUCCAUUCAUGGAGUAGCAGAUUCUAUUCAACUGGUUAGCACACGAGAAGAAGUUGAAGAUUUAUGCAGACUGGACAAAGUAAUUGACCUGAUCAUCCCAAGAGGGUCGUCUCAGUUGGUGCGAGACAUACAGAGAGCAGCAAAGGGUAUUCCUGUACUGGGCCACAGUGAGGGUGUCUGUCAUGUUUACAUUGACAGUGAAGCAAGCAUUGACAAAGCCAUUGACAUUGUCCGAGACUCUAAAUGUGACUACCCUGCGGCCUGCAAUGCCAUGGAAACUCUCCUCAUUCAUAGAGACCUGUUGCGAACUCCAAUAUUUGACCAAAUCAUCGAUAUGCUGAGGACAGAACAUGUAAAGAUACACGCCGGUCCCCGGUUUGCAUCGUAUUUAACGUUCGGCCCAUCUGAGGUGAAGUCCCUGCGGAUAGAAUAUGGGGAUCUGGAGUGCUGCAUCGAAGUGGUGGACAGCAUGCAGGAGGCUGUGGACCAUAUCCAUAAAUAUGGCAGCUCCCACACCGAUGUCAUUGUUACGGAAAAUGAAGAGACAGCUGAACAGUUUCUGCAGCAAGUGGAUAGUGCGUGUGUAUUCUUCAACUCAAGCUCUCGCUUUGCUGAUGGCUACCGCUUUGGUCUAGGUGCUGAGGUGGGGAUCAGCACAGCACGCAUCCAUGCCAGAGGUCCAGUGGGUUUAGAGGGGCUUCUGACCACCAAAUGGGUCCUUCGAGGAGAAGGUCAUACUGUGGCUGACUUCUCUGAGCAUGGAAGUAUGAAAUACCUUCAUGAAAACAUCCCUGUUCCCCAGGGGAGCUUCAGCUAGGCUCUUGUCCAAACUGAUAUCAGUGACUCGAGUUUGCAAAUGUCAGUCACAUUCAAAGGUUUGUGUCUGAACGUAGCACUUUGCUACUCCUGCUUAAUUUCUUGUACAAAUCAAGUGUUUCUGCAGAAAGCUUGCAUGUAGUUUUUUCCCCCAGUGAUUAAAAAAGCAAUCACUGACACAGUAGGGAUUUUUAACUUAUUUUUCUACAAACUAUCAUCGCCUGUUUGUAAUUUAUGGUAAAAGCAGUUCUGUUGCAGAUCUGUUUACGAUAUAUCUUCCUGAUGAGUUUUAUUUGAAUAAAUAUCUAUGGUAAAUUG